AAAAUAUUGAACAAGCUUUAGUAGGUUUUCGGAGUUUGUUUGAAUAAAAAGCUAGAGAAGUGGAACGAGACUUGAAAAUUUAAAGUAAUGUGGAAAGUCAUUUUCCUCAUAUUUUUUGCAAAUAUAGCAUCACUAUAUGGAGACCAACACAGUCAUGAUAUUCGCACGAGAUUUAUAAACCAACCUCUAGAUCAUUUUAAUCCAUUCAAUAGAAGGAACUUUGAUCAGCGCUACAUACAAAACACAGAAUUUUUCCAUGAUGGAGGUCCAAUCUAUAUUUAUUUGACUGUUGGCGAGGAAUAUUUUGGCGUUUAUGACACAUUUAUAAAAAGUGGAUUGGUAUAUGAAAUUGCUGAAGAAACUAAUGGAUUACUAUUUGCUCUUGAACAUCGUUAUUUUGGAUUAAGUCGUCCAACAGAAGAUACAACUUUUGACAAUCUUCAAUGGUUGAACAUUCACCAAGCUUUAGCAGAUAUUGCUCGAUUUAUUGCAUUUGUUAAAGAAAAUACUUAUGGAGCUGAAAAUUCUCGUGUAAUUCUUUGGGGACGUGGAUAUGGAGGAUCGUUAGCAAUUUGGUCUAGACUUAAAUAUCCAAAUCUUGUUGAUGGAGCAUGGGGUUCGAGCUCUCCACUAAAUGCUGUUCUUGAACAUUCACAGACUCUUGUUAAUGCAUUUACAACAAUUAACAAUAUUGGUGGACCUGAAUGCGGAAGUACAAUUCAAGAAGCUUUCCAAAUUUUAGAUGAAGCUUUUAUGACUGGAAAUACAAGUUUUAUUGUUGAGAGAUUAAGAUUGUGCGAAGAACUUGACAGUUCAAAUAUUUAUGAUCUAGCUCGCAUAGAUUAUUCAAUAGCUACUGAUAGUUAUCGGUUCAUCCAAAAUGCACGAUAUCCAGAAAUUGAUGAGAAAUGUAGAAUAAUUACUGGUGCUGAUACUCCCGAUAAUCCACCAAUAGAUGCUCUUGAUGGUUUUGCCAGAUGGUAUAUUGAUGAUCUUAAUAGACAUCGUGAUUGUUUUGAUUAUAGAAAUGAUGUAGUUGUUGCUAUGUAUUCCGAUCCUGAAUGGGACUCAGUUUCAACAAUUGACGGUCGCCGACAAAAAUUAUGGCUUCAAUGUACACAACUUGGAGGCUUUCCAAUCACAAAUGAGGGUACUGAACAUCCUUACGGACGCAGAUUUGAAAUUCGUUUCUUUAGAAGAUGGUGUGCUGAUGCAUUUGCCAAUGAAAAUUUUAUAGAUAGAUGGUUCAUGGACGAUUUGAUUGGACAAACCAAUCAACAUUUCGGAGGGUUAAACCCAAAAAUAUAUAGAAUAUUACUAACUCAUGGUGAAAUGGACCCGCUAAGAACCUUGUCAGCAUUAACUGAUCUAAAUUCUCAGGCUAAAGUUCACGUUAUCAACAUGGAAUCAUUUAGCCGAGAUAUGGGCUCGCCCUCAGAAGUUCAAGAUUAUCCACAUCUGUUGGAGGUAAAAGGAAUUAUUCGCGACGAAAUAUUGGGCUUCAUUAGAGCUGCUGAUGAAGAUCAACCAACAACACCUCCACCAAAUGAAACCCCACCACCCAUCGAGCCCGGAAGUUAUUAAACCUUAAUGAAAACAAAUGACAAAAAUUUUCUG